AUGCUUCACCACCAGCCACAAGUUCUUUCUCCUCUCGUUGAGACGCACUCACAGUCACCGAACGCGACCAGCGUUCGCCCUCGAAAGAUGUCUGCCGCAGGAAACAGAUCUUGGUCCGAAGAAGAGGAGACUUAUCUUCUCCAAACUCGCUUGCAAAAGAUGCCUUACAAGCACAUUGCCGCGCAUCUUGAGAAAACAGAGCUGGCCUGCCGCCUCCACUACCACCAGCUAUCGCACGGUAGCCACCGCCGCAGACGCAACUCAUCUGUUUCCUCAACCAUGUCCGCUGUCUCUGUCGGCCAAUCUCCAUCCUUCUCCAUGGCGGCUGACCACGAUGACUGCACGCAAUCACCCCGCCAGUGCUCCCCAAUAAGCUACACUACCAGUCCCCACGCCAGAUCAAAGUCAGACACGACCUUCAUGCGUGCGCAGCACAAGAUCCUCCUCCCCAGACCCCACAUUCUCACCCCCCGUGUAUCUCCUGAACCUCACACCGCCCUCCGCAUCGACACCGAGGUUGCCCACCACCCCCAAAUCAUCAACACCGACCGCCUCCGCGCUAUCUACGAAGCCCGCCGCCACCAGUUCUGGGCCGCCGUCGCAGCAGACUACGGCUCCGACGUUUCCCCCGCUCACCUCGAACACCUCUGGCGCAACGGCGCAAACACGGUUCGUCCUCCCACUCCCGACGCCUCGCCCGAUGGCACGGUGCUGUACAACCCCGUCCUCGUCUCCAAGCCAUCAACAUCGACAUCGACAACAACAUCGCCGUUCACGUACCCGUCGCCUGCCGCGAGCGAACAGAACAAGCACUACAGCCCCAUGCAGCAGAUGAACAUCAGCGCUGUGUCUGCCCCCGAGCGCACGCCGUAUAUGCUCCCGAUGCCUGUGCCUUCCACCGGGCGACCGCGGGCUGGCACAUGGAGUUCUGCGCCGAGAGACAAUAUGCCGAUUGCGAGCUUGCUCACUGAGGAUAAGAACCCGCGGGACUUGUAG